AGGCCUUUAUUAUGGAGCUUAGUAAAGGAGAAAGCAAUAUUUCAAUAAUAGAACUUGAUUUAAUACCUAUUGCAGAUCAUGAAAAUAAAGUAUAUUGCAAAUGCUUUUUGUGUGCUGAGGAAGGUUAUGAUAGUGCUUGGGUUAGCAAAAAGUUAUCACAGACUUCAGAGCCAUCAAGUGAUGAGAAUGAUGUUCAAAUUAAUAAUUAUAAAAUAAAAUCUGAUCCAAAUUAUAAUUUCUCUAAUGUCGAUGUUAAUACGGAUAUAUUAUACGAAAUUCAAGAUUCAUUUUUACCAGAUAUUGAUAUAGAAAUACAAAAUUUAUCUGAAACCCCGAAAUAUAGUGAAAUUUCACAAGAAAGUAGUGACUCAGAGUAUUCAAUACAGGAGAAUUUUUCUGAUUGCAAUAGUGCUUUAAAUGAUCUUAGUUCAGAAGACUCUGAAGAUAAUUAUUCAGAUUAUUCUAAAUGUGACGAUUUUUUUGAUUCUGAAAGCUUUGAAGAUAAUUAUUCUGAUUACUCUCCAAAUG